CGCGCUGCUCAAUGCUUUCGCCGUUGCUGACGCGACUUGGUAGAAAAAAAGAGUGUUAACCCUCCGGCUGUUGCUAGCGAGUCCAUCGAAACUGAAUAGUUUGUACAACCCAAGGUGGGCAUUGUUUGGGAGCAAAGGAUAAUUCUGCGACAAUCUCAACCAUCGACAAACCAACCUCUCCCGUAUGUGAUCGCUCUUCCUCCUCGUUGGACGCUGCCAUCGAGGGCCAAGGAACAAAAUAGCAUAUCGCCAUUAUAUGAUCCAGUGUCCAGAGUCACUUUUACCCUCCAUGUGGGUGAGGGAACUGUGUGUAUCAGAUUAUGGCGAGAAAAACAGUUAGCAGGAAAAGGAAGGCAGGAGAGCCCAAGGACCAACAACAGCUGGGCUGGUGUCAGACGCCACACAAGCGGAGCCGUGUUUCUUCUUCUUCACGUCAUGCCCAGCAGUGGUGGUGUAGUCGGCGCUCAGUGGUAUGCGCCCUCCGGGGGCGGGAGUUCAGGCCUCAACAGCAGCACGAGUUGCGACUCCAGAGGAGCCUCCGGGGCUUUGCAGCUGGGAGGCUCCCUGGUAUUCUCAAGGAGAGGGAAUUUUCUCUGGGGCGGCUCAACAAGGUGUUUGCUUCGCAGUGGCUCAACCACAGGCAGGUGGUGUGUGGGACCAAGUGCAACACGCUUUUUGUAGUUGAUGUCCUUACGGGGCAGAUCACACGCAUUCCUAUGCUGAAGGACCGGGAGUGCCAGGGUGGAGGCUCAGGUGUGGUGGGCACAGUAGUGGCAGGGAGGCAUUACCACCCUACAGUAGGCUCUCGUUCCCGGCUGGACCAGCAGGGAUGUGGAAUCCACGCCAUCGAACUCAACCCUUCAAGAACGCUGCUGGCCACAGGAGGAGACAACCCCAACAGCCUGGCCAUCUACCAGCUGCCCACACUGGAUCCGGUUUGUGUUGGAGAUGAUGGUCAUAAUGACUGGAUCUUCUCUAUAGCGUGGAUCAGUGACAACAUGGCUGUGUCUGGUUCCAGGGAUGGGUCCAUGGGCCUUUGGGAAGUGACAGAGGAUGUAAUGAACCAGGCAGAGCACAGUCAGAAUGAACAGGUCGUACCCUCCUACGCCCACAUCUCUCACCGCGCCCUCAAGGAUAUCCCAAAGGAGUACACCAACCCAUACAACUGUAAAGUCCGAGCUCUGGCCUUCAACAACAACCAUAAAGAACUUGGUGCUGUGUCUUUGGACGGCUACUUCCACCUCUGGAAAGCUGAGCACAACUUGUGCAAGAUACUGUCCACCAAGCUGCCUCACUGCAAAGAGAAUGUGUGUCUGGCAUAUGGACAGGACUGGUCGGUGUACGCUGUGGGUUCACAGGCUCAUGUGUCUUUUCUUGAUCCACGGCAGCCGACACACAGCAUCAAGUCCGUCAAUUCCAGAGAGAGAGGAAGCGGGAUCCGCUCAGUAAGUUUCUAUGAGCACAUCGUAACUGUGGGCACCGGCCAAGGCUCUCUUCUCUUUUACGACAUCCGGGCUCAAAGAUUCCUGGAGAACCCUUUAAAUCCAGCUGGGGGAUACAGGAAGUGCCCAGGAGAUGGCAUCCUUAAGCUCGCUACAGGGAAAGGCUGGCUGAAUCAUGAUGAGACGUGGAGGAGUUACUUCUCAGACAUUCAUUCCUUCCCCAACGCCGUGUACACCCACUGCUAUGAUGACUCCGGCACCAAGCUGUUUGUAGCAGGCGGACCACUCUGUUCGGGCCUGCACGGCAACUACGCAGGACUGUGGAGCUAGCCUCUCAGUCCCCCUCCAUCAACCCUCGUCCACAUUUUUACUCAACCAGUCCCUCCAUUCCUCUAUUUCUUUACGUCCGCUGACAUUGAUCAUCUUCCCUCGGGGUUUGCAUAUACGUGGACUCAGGAGCAUGAUCUUGCACCCACUGGAUCACAGCUUUGUAUAAUGUUGUUGUGCAUCUUUGUAUCCAACAUUACACUUUACCUUCUCCAGUUAUUCCUUUCACCUCAGCUACUCAGUUUUUAUACAACUAUGUACAAAUAAUUAACUAGUUAUUUUCUCCAGAGCUGCAAAGUCUGCCACUUACGAACUCAGAAGAGUUUUAAGAUACAUCAAGAAUAAAGUAAUACAUGUUCUCAUCAUUUAGAACAUUUACUUCUGGCCCCGCAGGGAUUAAGCUACAGUCUUUAGCUGGCUUGUUUUUGUACGCAAGGAUAGUGUUAAUGCUGCUUCCUCUGUGAUUACUGACGGUGUCUUUAUAAAAAUACCCAUGGAGUUUUUCUCCCAAUAAUUCCUUUUCAUUAUCUCACUGAAAUGGACAUGUCAAAGAGAGGGAGAGAGGAUAAAGGACUGUGGAGGUAACAUGUUCUUGAAGACAAGAAGGACUCACUCGGCGUGCUAGUUUGUUGUUUGAUAGAGAAUAUUUACUGGUCGGACAGCUUGCCCUGUCCCGCAACAAUCACAAAGAACUUCUCUCUUCUCCUGUCGGAAGUAAAACGAAGAAGCCAAUCAAUACGGGACUGUGUGUUCAGAAUGUUCUCCUCAGAUGAUGUAGAGGAGAAACAUUAAGAUUGCUAAAUGCAGUGUUGUUGUUAUACUCUGAAUACCCCCCCCCCCCCCAAAAAAAUAUUUUAUUUUUGAUUGUGAUUUGACAGGCAUACCCCUGCUGAUAUUCUAAGCUUUAUUUGUAUUUAUUUUGCCCUCCCUCUCCCCCCUUUAUUUAGUUGAUCAGGGGUGUUUAUACCUGCUUCUCGCAAUGAUUUAUUGUCCUUUUCUUAUGUUCCUGUCUCUUUAAGCAGAUUUGGCCAAUUAGUGGUGUUCAACUGUGGUCUGUUACUAAAGAAUUUAACCUAAGAUUUAAAGUUUUGGCAGUGAGUUAAGAAACUUCAUAUAUGGUGAUUUAAGGAUGGACAAGCCUUUUGGUUUUAUCUCCUCACCCUUUAUAAUUCUGGGACUCCUCUACAGGAACAAGGGGAAAGAUGUGUAGUAGUUUGAUUUUCUCAGCCAUCAAACAAAGGAAGAUGCAGGGAAACCAAUGAGAAUUUUGGACACUACCCUGAUGUCAGACGCUUCAGGAACAUACAUUUUUCAUAGUUGGAAGAACUGUUUUUUUCUCCUCUUCUUGUGUAUCAAAUAGUGAGGGAUGCUGCACCUCUCCUUGUUUGGUAGAGGCAGGGUAGGCUCCCGUUACAUUUUUGCCUUCCUAAAAGUCUUUCUGUGAAAGACUGCCAUGAGUACCAUAGUUUUCCUUUUCUACAUGGAAAUUUUGUCCAGUUUUCAUGAUAAUGACAGAUUAAAGAGUGAAACCCCAAUUGCAACCACAAAUUGAACAAACAACCAACACUUUGAAAGUGUAUUUUAUAUAAAUAUGUGUAUAUGUAUGUGUAAAAUACAUAGGGACAGUUGCAUACAUUUUUAUGUAUAUGUCUGAGGAAGUGUGUGGAUCGAUCUGUCUACUUGGUGAUGCCCUGUUUUUUUAUACAUGCCUCAUGAAUGUUUUUACAAAUGACUGAAUUUGAGGAUAUUGUAAAAUACAAACAUCUGCAAAAACAAGCUAUUAAAUCUUUAAAAAGAGUAAAUAAUAAAAAUAAAAUGUAUAUUGAUGUAAUGUUUCUUUUUUCAUACUUGACUGAACUGUUAAAAAAGUUUCUCUAAAGUUAAAAUGUCUGGUGUUACGGUGAAAGAAGUGAUCAUGUCAUCUGGUGACUUUUAGCUGAAUGCGUCUGUGGUGAGUUAUGGAAGGAAGGCCUGCCCAUAUAUUUGGCUGAGCCCCCGACAAACCCAGAUAAUUUUUUACCACUUUCAAACCUCUUUUCAACACUUUUUUGCCUGUUUUUAUCACUUAUUAUCAGUUUGACUUUUUUUUUUUGCUUCCGAUUUUUCCACUUUUAACUCAUCUUCCCACUUCAACCAUACUAUAGUACUGUAAACCCAUUAUUGCCACUUUUAAAUCCUAUUUCACCACCU